CUAAUUUUCAGUGGAACCACAUCAUUGGUUUUGUAAUACGCCAUCCAAGUACUAAAUCCAGGCAAUCUUUGGACAUUAGCUGAUGUUGAAUCACCAGGAUAAGCAGUGCGACAACGGAGAUAGUGUUACAUCAAAGCACUUGGAGGACUACUGUAACCCAGUAAGCAGUGCUGAAGGAAAUCCAAAAAAUAACGUCACAAUGGCAGCUAUCCUUAGCCAGCCGGUGUACGAUGUGUUUGUUCAGCAUGACAAAGGUUUCCGUCGAACGGAUCGUAAACAAUACGAAAAGAUGUUGGAAGCACGAACGGAUGAUCUGGUGAGUAUUAUUCCAUCAGAAAGUAUUCAGGCGGCAUUGACGGUUCAAACUGCCUUUCGUAGCAUAUCGCUCAUCAUACAAGGAUUUUUAUCUGGAUUUGGCACUUCUCAUGCUAUUUUUGCUUUCGCUUUUGCCGAUAUUGAUGUACUUCAUAAAAGUUACGCAUGGUUAGCGACGCCAAUACAAGCUAUCUUCUACGCAUGCUUUGUGAUUAGUACCAUUGCAGCACUUGACAGACUUGAAAUAGGUUCUGGUUUAAUGGAUGGCUUGAAACGUGGAUUGAGCUUGCAAAGUGGAUAUUGUAUCUAUGGACCCGUUGGUUGUAUGGUGUUUUUAAGCGGUAUCCGUGCCAUAGCCGGAUUAUUAAGCUGGCCACUUCUGGCUCUUUCACCAAACAGCAAUAUGCUAUUGAUGGAGCUUCGUAAUCCGGAAUCAAUUCAUGAAAACUGCGAAGUACCGUAA